CCCAAGGCGGGCGUCCGUGCACGCGGAGUUACGGCGAGCAGGGGCUCACCAUGGCCGUGCGCUGGAGUAUUAUCCAGCCUGUAAAAGGAGCGAGGCACUGAUGCAUGCUUCCACGCAGGUGAACUUUAGAAGCAUUUCUCCAAGAGAAAGGAGAUGGUCCAAAGCCCACAGAGCACUGUCUUCAGUGGUGGCCCUGGGAGCCAACAUCAUCUGCAACAAGAUCCCCGGCCUGGCCCCUCGGCAGCGUGCCAUCUGCCAGAGCCGUCCCGAUGCCAUCAUCGUGAUUGGGGAGGGGGCACAGAUGGGCAUCGACGAGUGUCAGUACCAGUUCCGCUUCGGCCGCUGGAACUGCUCUGCCCUCGGCGAGAAGACUGUCUUCGGGCAAGAACUCCGAGUAGGGAGCCGCGAGGCCGCCUUCACCUACGCCAUCACCGCGGCUGGCGUGGCACACGCGGUCACCGCUGCCUGCAGCCAGGGCAACCUGAGUAACUGCGGCUGUGACCGCGAGAAGCAGGGCUACUACAACCAGGCGGAGGGCUGGAAGUGGGGCGGCUGUUCGGCCGACGUGCGCUACGGCAUCGACUUCUCCCGGCGCUUCGUGGAUGCCCGGGAGAUCAAGAAGAACGCCCGGCGCCUCAUGAACCUACACAACAAUGAGGCGGGCAGGAAGGUUCUAGAAGACCGCAUGAAGCUGGAGUGUAAGUGCCACGGCGUGUCGGGCUCCUGUACCACCAAGACCUGCUGGACCACACUGCCCAAAUUCCGCGAGGUGGGCCACCUGCUGAAGGAGAAGUACAACGCGGCCGUGCAGGUGGAGGUGGUCCGCGCCAGCCGCCUGCGGCAGCCCACCUUCCUACGCAUCAAGCAGCUGCGCAGCUACCAGAAGCCCAUGGAGACGGACCUGGUGUACAUUGAGAAGUCGCCCAACUACUGUGAGGAGGACGCGGCCACGGGCAGCGUGGGCACACAGGGCCGUCUGUGCAACCGCACCUCGCCGGGCGCCGACGGCUGUGACACCAUGUGCUGCGGCCGAGGCUACAACACGCACCAGUACACCAAGGUGUGGCAGUGCAACUGCAAGUUCCACUGGUGCUGCUUCGUGAAGUGCAACACGUGCAGCGAGCGCACCGAGGUGUUCACCUGCAAGUGAGCCCGCCCCGCCCGCGCGUGCCCGCUCCAUGGCGCCUGGCAUUUGCACAAGAUUCCCUGCUUCCGGCGCUGCCAGCUAUGGGCAGAGAUAGGUGGAAAGGGUGGGCACUGGAGUGUGGCAGAGGCCCGCACCCACUCCUCACACCCAGGCUCCUUCCCACCCACCCUAUCCCCUCCCGUGGCAGAGCCGUGCCCUCCACUCUCCCAGCAUCCAAGGCCGAUGGCGUGGUACCCAACAGAGACCGGCAAAUUCUUUUUUUCCUCUCGGGGAAAGUAGACCUCAAAGUGACAAGACUCUGAGGGUUUCUGCCCGCCUAGUGGCUGGACGCAGAAAGGCCAUGCCCGCCUCACGCUCACGGCUGCUUCCUGGGGUGCGUCCGGCACUGGGCCAGGGGCCGUGCGGGCAUCUGGAUGCUGGUGAGAUUAUUUAUGUUUUCUUAGCUUCAGAAAAGGGUUCUCAGCACUAACCACGUAGCCAGUCCUAACUCGGAACUCUGAGGCCGCUCCUCCGCCAGCCUCUCCCGGACCCUGCACCCAGGCCCUGUGCCGCCUGUGGAUCUGAGGCACCAGGGUUGGCGGGGAAGCCGGCCACGCGUGCGGGCCCUCGGCAGGGGCCCUCGGCAGGGGCCCGGCAGGCCCACGUGGUCCUGAGAUGGACUCUGAGGACAGCCCAGCUGCCUUUCCUUUUGGAAAUUGUGUCAAACAAAUCCAGUGUCACCUGUGUCAGGUUCCAGGCACACCUCGUCCUCUCCCUCGUCCUCCACCUCCCCAGCCCGCUGGUGGCCUGGCACCUCCAGUUUACAGAGCUCUUUCCAUCCUGGAGCCAAGCUGGUUUCCAGGACAUGGCAGGCCAGGUAGGGUGGGGAGGUUGUCCCACCUGACAGAUGGGCACAGAGUCACCUGAAGAUUGACCAAGAGACCCUGCGGGGUUCAGUGAACGGUACCACUGCAGCCCCACCCAGCCCAAUCUCUGGGGUUGGCCAAGGUGAUGGGAGGCUGCACCCUCAUCUCUCGUGCCUUUGUCCUGGUGCCGGUGCUGAGAAAAUUGGCACCCAGGACUCAGGGCUACACCUGCCGGGACCCCUGUAUUCUAUUUGCAGGAGCCUGCUCUCUGGACACCUCCCCAAGGGUCUCCAUCCCAUGAGGACCCUCUCUGAAGUCCUACUCUCACCCAAGACCUCACAGACAGGAAACAGUGGGGAGGGUCCUACGCUAAGAGCUAGGCACAUCCACCUGGAGUUUCUAAUCAGGCGCAGGGGAGGACUGGCCUGGGCCAGAGUGCAGCUUGCCCUCAGCUUUGGUCACUGUCCCCCGACUCUCCAUGAAAAUGUGCAGUUUGGUGGCCAGUGAGCCAGGCAGCCUGAACAUUAGCCUGAAGAAAAUGACCCCUGUCUACCCUAGCCCUGCAUCCAGGCACGCAUUGCACCAUGCUAGGAUGCUCCGGUCCUCUGGGCCUAAAACGCCCCAUCCCCCCCCUGGUCCCUUCCCCUCAUCCCAAGUCCUGGGACACCUCUAGUCCGCAGCCCGAGUCCCCUGCCGAGGAGCCUGGUUAACUUAUGUCGUUGUAUAGUGUCCCGUCUGUCGUGUCUCUUAAGUUAUUGUGACCUACACUGGGUACGGAGGGGGCGGGGGUGGCUUCAGCCACCACCCCCCGAGCCAGGCUCACUCCUUCUGCUAGAAACGGACCCUCGGGGCUCCUGAUGCCACCGAGGAAACUCGCACUGUCCCUCGGCUGCCAGGCGUCUGUGCUGCCAGCCUGCCCUCACAGUUGGUUAGCCACAGCCCUUGCCUUAGGGGAGAGAGGUGGUUGGUGGGCCCAGGCAUGGCACUGGCUGCCCCACAUUGUGUGUAAAGGGUGGCAGUGGUCAGGCACCCUGUGUCCUUGAAGUGCCCCACUUCUGACGGGCUGUGUUUCAGCCUCCCCUGGAGGGGAGUGCUUGGCCCCAAUAAAAGCUGGAAUCAGAAAA